AUGGCUAUUAUGAAAAAUCGAUCGGGCUGCUGGUGUGUUCAUUUCACAGUGUGCCUGAUAGGUAUGUUGCUGCUUCCAUUGCCUUCUCAAUCUUCAGAUCCAGACCCUUUGCAGGAUUUCUGCAUCGGGGACACGAAAAGCGCUUUAUCCGUUAACGGAUUUCCGUGCAAGCCUGCUGCAAAUGUCUCUUCAGACGAUUUCUUCUUCGACGGGCUAAGCAAAGAGGGAAACACGAAUAAUACCUUUGGAAGCCUUGUGAAUCAAGGCAACGUUUUGGCAUUUCCGGGCCUUAACACGCUCGGGAUCUCCAUGAAUCGAGUAGAUCUUGCUCCCGGAGGACUCAAUCCACCCCACUCCCAUCCUCGAGCAACCGAGACAGGAGUACUGAUCUACGGGAAAAUCCUGGUGGGAUUUUUAACAACUGGGAAUGUGUUCUACUCCAAAAUCUUGACUGGUCCUGGACAAAUGUUUCUGAUUCCUAAAGGGCUUGUACAUUUCCAGAUGAAUGUUGGGGAAGAGAAGGCCCUGAUUUUCACUGCUUUUAACAGUCAGUUGCCUGGAUCUGUCAUAGUUCCGAGGAAUCUCUUUGCUUCAAAACCUUCUGUUCCUGAUGAUGUUUUAACAAAAGCUUUCCAAGUUGAAAAAACAGUGAUUGAUGAAAUCAAAUCCAAGUUUGGUGCUUGA